AUGGCGGCGAGGAGGGCGGCGCUGCUCGUCGCUGUCCUCCUCCUGCACCAAGCGGUGUCUUCGCUUGCUGGAAAGAGCUACUAUGAAAUACUGCAAGUGUCAAAGGGUGCAUCGGAGGAACAAAUCAAGAGGGCCUACCGCAAGCUUGCGCUGAAAUACCACCCUGACAAGAACCCCAACAAUGAGGAAGCCGACAGGCGGUUUACCGAGAUCAACAAUGCCUACGAGGUCUUGACAGAUCAGGAGAAGAGGAAAGUCUAUGACUGGUACGGUGAGGAGGGUUUGGAGCAAUUCCAAGGCAGGCACAAUGAUGGUGAUGGUGGUCAUGCUAUGAACAUCGAACACGUGUUUAGCAAGUAA